AUGAACAAAGAUGUCUUCAAACUAUUUUGUGGUGUUCUAAAAGAAAUUUUUUUAUUGAAGAACUCACGAUAUCUGUUUGUUGAAGAACAAGUGGCUAUGUUCUUAUUUGUGAUUGGCCAUAAUGAACGGCAUCGUGUGGUUGCUGAACAAUUUCAGCACUCCAUCUCAAUCACAUCUCAUUAUUUUAGGAAGGUUUUGAAGGCAAUAUGUCGUCUAUCCAAAGAACUAAUUACUCCACCUUCAUUUGAUGUAACUCCUCCACAAAUUCGAUUCGAUACAAGAUUCUAUCCAUUUUUUAAGAAUUGUGUUGGAGCUAUAGAUGGGACUCAUAUUUCUGCGCAUGUUCUAAUUGAUGAACAAAUACCAUAUCGAGGUCGAAAAGUGGAUACAACUCAGAACGUUAUGCGUGUAUGUUCAUUUGACAUGAAGUUCACAUACGUUGUCCCUGGAUGGGAAGGAUCAGCUAAUGAUGCACAGAUUCUUCUAGAAUGUGCCACAAACCCAGAUUAUGGAUUUCCAAUGCUGCCCCAAGGAAAAUAUUAUCUUGUUGAUUCUGGCUAUACAAACAUGCCUGGUUUUCUUUCGCCAUACCGAGGGGAAAGGUAUCAUUUGGGCCAAUACACAGAUCUUAAUCCCAUAGGAAAAAAAGAGCUUUUCAAUUAUCGACACUCUUCCUUGAGAAAUGUCAUUGAGCGGUGUUUCGGCGUGUUGAAGGCCCGUUUUCCAAUCCUAAAGCAAAUGCCUUCAUAUGAUCUAAGAAUACAAAAGUACAUUGUCAUUGCUUGCUGUGGGAUUCAUAAUUUUAUAAGGACAAAUGCAAAAGCAGAUGUAUAUUUUGAUAGAGGUGAAGGAAAUUCUGAAGUACAUGCCACUACUUUACAAAGCACGGAUGGAACUUUGACUGAUAGUGUAGAGUUCAGUAUUUCUAGAACUCAUAUAUGUGAAAUGGCUCAUGUUCGUGAUGAAAUUGCUGACCAUAUAUGGAGAGCUAGUCGAAGAUAA